UGGUGGGAGAAUCCGCUCCUCAUUGGUGCUCCGUAGCUGCUCCAAAUUACUUAAAAGGGAGCGGCCACCUGGUCGCCAACAUUCUCUUUUAAAUCGUUGUUCGUAUAGUAUAUUACGACGACUACUUAUUCAGCAUCACCAUGCCUCCUAAAACAAGUGGCAAAGCCGUAAAGAAGUCGGGUAAAGCUCAGAAAAACAUCACAAAGGGUGACAAGAAAAAGCGUGGAAAAAAAAGGAAGGAAUCCUACGCUAUUUACAUCUACAAGGUCCUGAAGCAGGUUCACCCCGAUACUGGAGUUUCUAGCAAGGCAAUGAGCAUCAUGAAUAGCUUCGUCAACGACAUCUUCGAGCGCAUUGCUGCGGAAGCCUCUCGACUUGCUCAUUACAACAAAAGAUCCACCAUUACCUCUCGGGAAAUCCAGACUGCCGUCAGGCUUCUCCUUCCUGGUGAACUGGCCAAGCACGCCGUCUCCGAAGGUACGAAGGCCGUCACCAAAUAUACCAGCUCCAAGUAAAUUCCCUUUUUUUCCCCACCCAACAUCAAAUCGGUCCUUUUCAG